AUGGUUGGAUCAAUGAUAUGUCGUGUGCUUGGAGUGCUAUCGCUCAGUGUGGUAGUCAUUGCAUCUCCUGUCCAACUAGCUCGCCGAGCAAUCUCAAGCGAGCUACUGGAACGAUUCACGCUAUUUUCCCAAUUCGCCACCCUAUCGGCCUGUGAUCAAAACAUCAACCACACGGGCCAAAGUCUGACCUGCGACUAUGGCACCUGCGGACUCGUGGCAGCCGACAACACGACAGUAAUCAACACAUUCCACAGCGAUAAAGGACCCACAGGCUAUAUUGCCCUAGACCACACACGGCAACUGAUCGUCCUAACAUUCCGCGGCACGGUAUCAAAAAGCGACGGCAACGCAGAUCUCGAUAUCGUUCUCACCCCGAUUAACGACGUGUGUACCGGUUGCAAAGCCCAUCAUGGGUUCUGGGUUUAUUGGAACGCCGUAGCGAGCCAGACGACAACCCAGCUUCAAGAUGCAACCAGCGCGUAUCCAGGCUACAGACUGAGCGUUGUAGGACACAGUCUGGGUGGGGGUAUUGCGGCGCUAGCAGGAACUGUUCUUCGAAAACAGGGGUUCACUUUGGAUAUUUGGACAUUUGGAGGACCGAAACCAGGAAACAUGAAGCUGGCCGAGUUCAUCACCAAUCAACAACCGCCAAACAGCAUUUACCGAGCCACGCAUACUACAGACCCCAUCCCGAGAGUGCCGCUCAACCUCCCGUUUUUGGAUUGGAGCCAGCCUUCGCCUGAAUACUGGGUUACUCAGGAGACUGGGGUGCAGGCCACCACUGAUGGGGUGGAGUAUAUUGAGGGAAUUAAUAGUAAGGCUGGGAAUGCUGGUUCGGAUCGGGAUUUGAGGUGGCCAAAUCCUGAACAUGGGUGGUAUUUUGGAAAUAUGAGCGUGUGUGCGAAUCCGUCAGAUGCAUCAUCAUGA